AAAUUUGGAGGGGGGAGAGGCAAGGAAAGGAAGGAAACGACGAUGUAAAAGAAAGACUUUUGGGUGGCGGUGACGGUUGGGUGUCUUGCCAAAAUGAAGGAUGCGGGACGCGGAUCUAUCCUGGAGCCCAAGGUGCUGGAGAAACUGAACGUGCAGGAGAGAAGAAGGAAGAAAGCAGAUUGUCCUGCGAGACCUGGAUCUUAACAAAUCCAUGUAUAUAGCUAUACAUACGUACCAAGGGAGAGAGAGGAGAGAGAGCGCGAACAUUCUAAGAUGAAAUCGACCAACCUCAGACCACUGGGAGAUUGUGUUGUUCUAGUCUAAAUAAAAAAUAAACAAUAAACACCCCGGCCCCACACACAGAAGGGGGGACAUAAAAAGGGGGGGCCACUGAAAAAUGGAGAACAGAGGAUCCGGAAAGGAAAAGUAUUUUCAUUAAAGAAAUGAAAAGCAAGAAAAGGAGGAAUCUUGGAAUGAAAAGUUUGGGGUUUUUGGCCAUUUUUGUUUUUUUAGAAAAGUAAAGCCGUGCUGUGCAGAGGUGGUCUGGUUUUAUUUUUCUUUCGUUUUAUUGUUAUUUUUUUUUUUCCUUCCACGAGAAGAGAUAAAUAAUACAUCUGCAAAGAAAUUUCGGAGAAGAAAAGUUGACCGUGCCAGAAUGAGGCAUUGAUUGGGGGAGAGAAAAUCAGCAGGGCAGGGUUGGAGCUUUGCCUGUGUUGACUAAAAUUGAUGGAAAAUUGCAGUUGGAUUUUUUUCCUUUUUUUUUUUUCUCUUUUAUUUUUUUGCGUGUCAAGAUCGUAUUUUUUUUUUUUUUUCCUUGCUCGUAACCUCCUGGAUUUUGCACCUGGACGUUGCCGUGAUCGGUCUGAAAUACAAAUGGCUUACUUCAAGUUCAUAUUGAAGUAUCUUGACAUAGAGAGGACUUUAAUGGAGUGCAUGGUCUGCCCGUCAGAUUAUUUGAUCUCCAGAAGGACCACCACCAGAUAAAUUAUGAAUGUUGAACAAGAUGACCUUACAUCCACAGCAGAUGAUGAUAGGUCCUAGGUUUAACAGGGCCCUAUUUGACCCCCUGCUUGUGGUGCUCCUGGCUCUCCAACUCCUAGUGGUGGCCGGUCUGGUGAGGGCCCAAACCUGUCCUUCUGUAUGCUCCUGCAGUAACCAGUUCAGCAAGGUCAUCUGUGUGCGGAAAAAUCUCAGAGAGGUCCCUGACGGCAUCUCUACCAACACGCGGCUCCUGAAUCUCCACGAGAAUCAGAUUCAGAUCAUCAAGGUGAACAGCUUCAAACACCUGAGGCAUUUGGAGAUCCUCCAGCUGAGCAGGAAUCACAUCCGUACCAUUGAAAUCGGGGCCUUCAAUGGUUUGGCAAACCUCAACACUUUGGAGCUCUUUGACAAUCGGCUGACCACCAUUCCAAAUGGGGCUUUUGUAUACCUGUCUAAACUGAAGGAACUCUGGCUGCGAAAUAACCCCAUUGAAAGCAUCCCUUCUUAUGCUUUUAACCGAAUCCCGUCUUUGCGCCGGUUGGACUUAGGAGAGUUGAAGAGGCUUUCGUACAUCUCCGAAGGGGCCUUUGAAGGUCUCUCCAACUUGAGGUAUCUGAACCUUGCCAUGUGCAACCUGCGGGAAAUCCCAAACCUCACGCCGCUCAUCAAGUUGGAUGAGCUGGAUCUUUCUGGGAACCAUUUGUCCGCCAUUAGGCCGGGCUCUUUCCAGGGUUUGAUGCACCUGCAGAAAUUGUGGAUGAUCCAGUCACAGAUCCAGGUGAUUGAAAGGAAUGCAUUUGAUAACCUUCAGUCACUGGUAGAGAUCAAUCUGGCACACAAUAAUCUGACCUUACUGCCUCACGACCUCUUCACGCCCCUCCAUCACCUCGAGAGGAUCCACCUGCAUCACAACCCUUGGAACUGCAACUGUGACAUUCUGUGGCUCAGCUGGUGGAUAAAGGACAUGGCGCCCUCAAAUACUGCAUGCUGUGCCCGCUGCAAUACGCCCUCCAACCUGAAAGGGAGGUAUAUCGGGGAAUUGGAUCAGAAUUAUUUUACCUGUUACGCUCCUGUGAUUGUUGAGCCUCCCGCGGACCUCAACGUCACAGAGGGCAUGGCGGCAGAACUCAAGUGUCGGGCUUCCACCUCCCUGACCUCCGUCUCUUGGAUUACUCCCAAUGGGACGGUCAUGACUCACGGAGCCUACAAGGUCCGGAUUGCUGUGCUCAGCGAUGGCACAUUAAAUUUUACUAAUGUAACUCUACAAGAUACAGGCAUGUAUACAUGCAUGGUGAGUAACUCUGUUGGGAAUACCACAGCUUCAGCCACCCUGAAUGUGACCGCAGCCACCACUACCCCAUUCUCGUAUUUUUCCACCGUUACCGUAGAGACUAUGGAACCUUCUCAGGACGAGGCUCGGACCACGGAGAACAAUGUGGGGCCCACCCCGGUCAUUGACUGGGAGACCACCAAUGUGACCACCUCUCUCACGCCCCAGAGCACAAGGUCCACCGAAAAAACAUUCACCAUCCCUGUGACCGAUAUAAACAAUGGCAUCCCGGGAAUCGAUGAGGUGAUGAAAACCACGAAGAUUAUCAUUGGUUGCUUUGUGGCCAUCACGCUCAUGGCAGCCGUGAUGCUGGUCAUCUUCUACAAGAUGCGGAAACAGCAUCAUCGGCAAAAUCACCACGCCCCCACGCGGACUGUUGAGAUCAUUAAUGUGGAUGAUGAGAUUACAGGGGACACACCCAUAGAGAGCCACUUGCCCAUGCCUGCUAUAGAACAUGAGCACCUAAAUCACUAUAACUCUUACAAAUCUCCCUUCAACCACACAACAACAGUUAACACAAUAAACUCAAUACACAGUUCAGUGCAUGAACCGUUGUUGAUUCGAAUGAACUCAAAAGACAAUGUACAAGAGACUCAAAUCUAAAACAUUUACAAAAGUUACAGAGAAAAAAAACAACAGACGGUUUAUUAAAAAAAAAAGUGACACAAAUGACUGGGCUAAAUCUACUGUUUCAAAAAAAAAGUGUCUUUACAAAAAAAAAAACAAAAAAGAAAAGAAAUUUAUUUAUUAAAAAUUCUAUUGUGAUCUAAAGCAGACAAAAUGAUGUGUAUUCCUCAGAACCUGUUUUGCUGCAUUUAUUUACCCUCCCUUCCCCUGCUGCCCUCCCUCCCUUUUUGCCAUAUUUUUCAUAGGAAAUCUCAAUUCCCUAAAGAACUGGUCUAGGAAAUUUUGUAAGAAUUCUGUUAUACUUUGGGAUUUUUAUGGUGAAUUCUAGUGGUGAGAUUCGGUCUAUUUUGUCUCUUCUGUUUUUUUUUUUUCUUCUUCUCAUGCCCUUAUGAAAUACUCCAAUGGGGGAAUGCAGUAUUAGACAUAGAUUUAUAAGAGAGAAAGAGGGGGAAAAUGCGAAAUCUUAUAUUUUUCAUGUAAUGAUCUGUUCUGUAUUUACUGAGAGGACCAUUCUGUGGAAAAGAAAAGAAAAAAAAAAAGAAAAAAAGCAAACAAGAGAUUAAUUUACAUGUCAGAAUCUAUAAAUCCCAUGAUCUUUUAAUGACUCUAGAACCAGAAUUUGUAGUUUAAAAAAAAAACUAAAAUAAGGUUAUAAAUAAAAUAUUGUUGGUUUUUUUCUGUA